AUGAACAAGACCCUGCUGCUGUCCUGCAUGGCCCUAAGUGUGGCUCUGCUCGCCGGCGGGGCCCCCACCUCCCCUCCUCCCACCACGCUGCUGCAGUACUUACUGCUCGACCUGCGAGAGGCCCAGGAGAAGCUCAGCGAUGUAUCGGAAAGGAUGAAGAAGUACGAGCUGUACAUCCCGAGCAACGCCAGAAGCAUCGCUGAUCUUCAGUGUUUUACUAAAGAAUUGCACCCUGUGGCUAAAGCCUUGAAAUAUGAAUCAAAAGAAGCUCAGCAUAUUCAGGACCAUAUCCGCAACAUUAAUGUGACUGUUAAUAGCUUAAUGGGAGCAGCAACCGCCCAGUGCCAGUAUGCUGUCAAGAUUAAGAUCAGAGGAUUUUUUGGAGAAUGGAUUACCUUCUGCCAAAGACUUAUCCAAUUAACUCGAUGA